AUGGCACCGAGAUAUGCGUUGGAAUUGGUGAAUCGUACAUUGUGCGACAUUUGCAACGAUAAUCGUCCAUUCGGAGGUAAAAUUAUAGUUCUCGGUGGAGAUUUCAGACAAUUACUUCCAAUUAAAUUAAACGCCACUCGCACUGAAACUAUAAACUUAUCGAUAAAAUUUAGUAAAUUGUGGAAACAUUUUAAAAUAUCUUCUCUUACACAAAACAUGCGAACGUUACCGGAAGAAGUCGAAUUUGCUGAAUUUGUAUUGUCUAUUGGAAACGGGAGCAUUAAUAAUGAAGAUGAUUACGUAACUCUUCCGCAAAAAUGUGUUGCCUCGAAAGAUGCCGAUAUCGUUGCAGAUGUUUACGCUGACGCAAUAAGUAAUAGACAGUAUGAUAAUUUUACUAUGCUGGCUAUUCUUUCUCCUCGUAAUAUAGAUGUAGAUUUAAUAAAUGAUAGAGUCGUAAAUUUAUUGGACGCAGAAUCAGAAAAGAUUUACAACAGUGUUGAUAGCACGGAAAAUUGUGACAACGGCGUUAUCAAUGAAUCAAUUUUAGUAGAAUAUUUAAAUUCUAUAAACCCUCCUAAUUUUCCGCCUCAUAACUUGAAAUUAAGAUUAUACAGUGUCAUUAUGCUUGUAAGGAAUUUGAGCAUAAACGAAGGUUUAUGUAAUGGUACUAGAUUAAUGGUUAUUGAACUAGGAACAACUUUAUUAAAAUGUAAAAUUCUUACAGGCGAUAAAGUUGGAGAUAUUGUUUUUAUAAAUCGAAUAACCCUCUACUAUGACCAUGCGGGUGCGUUUACAUUCAAACGAAGACAAUUCCCUGUAAAAUUAGCAUUUGCAAUGACUAUAAAUAAAGCUCAAGGUCAAACGUUCAACAAAAUAGGGAUAGACCUACAAAAAGACGUCUUCAACCAUGGACAAUUGUACGUUGCUAUGUCUAGAGUAAAAUCUUGGGAUUCAUUGAAAAUUUACUUGAACAAUGAUAGGUCUAAUGAUUUGAAACACAUGCAAUUAAAGGAAAACAUUAGCAAUCUUGAAUAUUCUGUGCGUGCAGAUGGAAUAUCUGAAGCAUCUACUGUGAUUAUUGGUGAUGGUGAAUCAUUAUACCGUGAAAAUAAUGAAAGCAGUGGUGUCUCUGAGAACGAUUGGUCCUGUUCAUCAUCAGUAAAUUUGAUUGGGACAAAAAAAUCUAUACAAUCAUUAGGAUCAAAUAUCACCGAGAAACAUAAGUCAGCUUUGCUUGAACCUUCAAAAACUAACUUGGAUAUGGUAGUAAGUUUGAAAAUUAAAGAUUUUUAUGUUUCUUAA